CGCGCCCUCGCGCCCCGCGGUCCCGCCGCCGGCCCGGACAUGGCCGCCAACAUGUACAGGGUCGGAGACUAUGUCUACUUUGAGAACUCUUCCAGCAACCCAUACCUGAUCCGCAGGAUUGAAGAGCUUAAUAAGACAGCCAACGGGAAUGUGGAGGCCAAGGUGGUGUGUUUCUACAGAAGGCGGGACAUUUCCAGCAGCCUCAUCGCCCUGGCUGACAAGCAUGCAACCCUGUCAGUCUGCUAUAGAGCCGGACCAGGGGCGGACACCGGCGAGGAAGGGGAAGUGGAGGAAGAGGUAGAAAAUCCAGAGAUGGUGGACCUGCCGGAGAAACUUAAGCACCAGCUGCGGCAUCGGGAACUAUUCCUCUCUCGGCAGCUUGAGUCCCUGCCUGCCACCCACAUCAGGGGCAAGUGCAGUGUCACCCUGCUCAAUGAGACCGAGUCACUCAAGUCCUACCUGGAGCGUGAGGAUUUCUUCUUCUAUUCUCUAGUCUACGACCCACAGCAAAAGACCCUUCUGGCUGACAAAGGGGAGAUUCGUGUAGGAAACCGGUACCAGGCUGACAUCACUGACUUGCUGAAAGAAGGUGAGGAGGAUGGCCGAGAUCAGUCCAAACUGGAGACCAAGGUGUGGGAAGCCCACAAUCCUCUUGUGGAUAAGCAGAUUGACCAGUUCCUCGUGGUGGCCCGCUCUGUGGGCACCUUUGCACGGGCCCUGGAUUGCAGCAGCUCCGUGCGGCAGCCUAGCCUGCACAUGAGUGCCGCAGCAGCCUCCCGAGACAUCACCCUGUUCCAUGCCAUGGACACACUGCACAAGAACAUCUAUGACAUCUCCAAAGCCAUCUCGGCCCUUGUGCCUCAGGGUGGGCCGGUGCUCUGCAGGGAUGAGAUGGAGGAGUGGUCAGCAUCAGAAGCCAACCUUUUUGAAGAAGCAUUGGAAAAAUACGGGAAAGAUUUCACAGACAUUCAACAGGAUUUUCUCCCAUGGAAAUCGCUCACCAGCAUCAUUGAGUAUUACUACAUGUGGAAGACCACCGACAGAUACGUCCAGCAGAAACGUUUGAAAGCAGCUGAAGCAGAGAGCAAGUUAAAGCAGGUUUAUAUUCCCAACUAUAACAAGCCAAAUCCAAACCAGAUCAGCGUCAACAGUGUCAAGGCCAGUGUAGUGAAUGGCACAGGGACACCAGGCCAGAGCCCCGGGGCCGGCCGGGCCUGCGAGAGCUGUUACACCACACAGUCUUACCAGUGGUAUUCUUGGGGUCCCCCUAACAUGCAGUGUCGCCUCUGCGCAUCUUGUUGGACAUAUUGGAAGAAAUAUGGUGGCUUGAAAAUGCCAACCCGGUUAGAUGGAGAGAGGCCGGGACCAAACCGCAAUAACAUGAGUCCCCAUGGCAUCCCAGCUCGGAGCAGUGGGAGCCCCAAAUUUGCCAUGAAGACAAGGCAGGCCUUCUACCUGCAUACUACCAAGUUGACACGCAUUGCCCGGCGCUUGUGCCGUGAGAUCCUACGGCCAUGGCAUGCCGCACGCCACCCCUACAUGCCCAUCAACAGUGCAGCAAUCAAGGCUGAAUGCACAGCACGGUUGCCCGAGGCUUCCCAGAGCCCACUGGUGCUGAAGCAGGUAGUGCGGAAGCCCCUGGAGGCCGUGCUCCGGUAUCUGGAGACCCAUCCCCGCCCCCCUAAGCCUGACCCUGUGAAGAGUUCAUCCAGUGUGCUCAGCAGCCUGACCCCUGCCAAGUCAACCCCUGUCAUCAACAAUGGCUCUCCCACUAUCCUGGGCAAGAGGAGCUAUGAGCAGCACAAUGGGGUAGAUGGCAACAUGAAGAAGCGCCUCUUGAUGCCCAGUAGGGGUCUGGCAAACCAUGGGCAGACCAGGCACAUGGGACCAAGUCGGAACCUCCUGCUCAACGGGAAGUCCUACCCCACCAAAGUGCGCCUAAUCCGUGGUGGCUCCCUGCCUCCAGUCAAGCGGCGGAGAAUGAACUGGAUCGAUGCCCCAGAUGAUGUGUUUUACAUGGCCACUGAGGAGACCAGGAAAAUCCGCAAGCUGCUUUCAUCCUCAGAAACCAAGCGUGCUGCCCGCCGGCCCUACAAACCCAUUGCCCUGCGCCAGAGCCAGGCCCUGCCGCUGCGGCCACCCCCACCUGCACCAGUCAACGAUGAGCCCAUUGUUAUUGAGGACUAGGCGG